GACACUGCCUUCGUACUGCCAUAUAACCAAUCAGCUGCAGGUAUACUCAGUUAGAGGUACGAAUCAACCAAUCAGCGUCCCGCUCACACAAAUGUCACCUCUUCAACUUCCUAGCGGGAAGCUGCUACCGGGAAUUCUCCACGGGCAACGGGAAUCAAUGAUACAGAAGCUAAUCAAAGCAAGAUGAGACUUUCCCGAGCUGAAUAUAAAGAGAUAGUGAAAUGGACUGAACAGCUUAGACCCACACGCCAAUGUAUGAAGAUGCUGAAGGAAAGAUUUCCAAAUCACUCGCAGUCCACUCUUCUGAGCAUCUUCUCCCUGGAGUACCAGAAACGGACCAAAAGAACAAUCUCAAGACACCAUGCACCAGAUGUUCUUGAAAGCUACUACCGCAGGUAUCUGAGUGAAGCCAAGGCGCAUCCCACUGCUCCUGUCCUGCUGGAGUUGGCCAUUGAGGUGGAUCUGUCUCCUGCACUGAUGGCUCGUAUGAUCCUGGACAGGUUCCUUCAGGGCCUGGAGGGUGAAAUGCCCUCGAAAACAGUCCUCAACAGCAUGCUUAGAGAGCCCUCAUUAAUUACGGACCAGAUUUUGGCCAAUAACGUCUACCAAUGCACAAUAAAUGACUGCUGUUAUGGACCGCUGGUAGACUGCAUCAAACACGCUAUUGGCCAAGAGCAUGAAGUGCUGCUCUGUGACAAACUGAAGGAGAGGAACCUUUCCUUUCUAGAUGAAAACCAACUAAGAGCCAUGGGCUAUGACAAAACACCUGAUAUCAUCCUGGAAGUCCCCAUUGCCGUGGAGGGCCACAUUGUACACUGGAUUGAAAGCAAAGCCUCAUUUGGAGACGACCACAGCCAUCGCACCUAUCUCAAUGAGCAGUUCUGGAGCUAUUGGAACAGGUUUCAGUCACCAUGUUGAAAAGUUGCCCAUGCUGCCUCAAUUCGCCAUGCUCCGGCCCCGUCCCUCCCACCCCCCCUUUCCCCUCAGCCGUGACGGCCAGCUGACAUGUUGUGACAUGGUGCUGGAGCACCAGGAGGUUCCAGACCCCAGGCACAGCCGGACUCUCUGUUUGGUUUUGUUUUCUCGGUGCUUGUACAGCACCAAACCAGGAUCAGACUUCUAAAUCUGUCAAGACUACAACACAGAAAGACAAGCUGUUUAUCUUGAAUUUAUUUCCAUGUAUGUUUUUAUAUGUGUUGUUCUUCCACCUGAAACUACCCUUCUGUUGUUUGCCUAUCAGAGAUUAGAUAGCAAAAUGCUUGCUGGUGUUUAGGUCUCCCUGAUAUAGAGAUAUCCAUUCAAAAGACUGAUAAAAAGUAAAAGUAAGAAGAAGACAAACUGUGGCUCCACAAUCAGAAAAUGUUAAACCUGCCUCGCGGUGACUGACCGACUGAUUUCACAGAGAAGCCACCGGCGGAAGAAUCAUUUAAUUUUCAGGGAAGGUGACUCAUCCAAUAUCACUGAGCAGUUAGCGAUGAGGUCAAGGUCAUAAUCAAUGGCGUGUGUUUUAUUUUCUCAGAGUAGCAUAGUUUUAUUUGGAAAUAGCCUACUUCCAGAGCAAAAAGCUCGGUCUUUUUUUCUCGCUGUUUUUGAUGCCAGGAACUAAAAGUCACUGAGGUGUGAAUUUUAAAAGGGCCAAUCUGUGACGGUUUCCAUCUCUUUAAAUGUCGUUAAGAUGGCUGCUGACAAUAAAAGGCUUUGUUUAAGCUCCAGAACAUUCCUUGUUUGAUGAGAAAGUACUUGAAUGAUUGCUGUCUCGGUCAGUCAAACUUAUAGUAAUGUGAAAAGAGCUCAUGUGAUUAGCACCACAGACAGCAUGACAUCGAGAUCAGAUGUCUCCAUAAAUAUUUCACUGUGUAAGUCAGUGUUCUUGGUUUGAAGAAAGUGGCAUUAAUCUGUCUUUGGUCUACCUCUUUGGUACUAGUGGUAUUAAGUUCACUGUAGGUUAAAAUAUCAGAAUACUAACAGUCUGACUGGACAGUUAGCGUUAGUCUAAGCCUCACAUGUUUGCCCACGGGUGUCUUUCAUUGGUAUUCACUCGGGCGGCCUUGUCCGAGCGUAUUAAGGAACUGACAAAGGAGAUCCUAUCAUGUCAGGCAGCAGCCUGGUCAGAUAAACAUUGUUGUGUCAAAAAAGAAAAAAAGAAUGUCAGUCCCUUCAGACCCCACCUUUUCCAGCACCCUUGUAAUUUUUAAUUGACAUUUACUGCUGACAUUUGAAAAUGUGCCUCAUCUUUCUCUUACUGUUAGUGCUUAUGCACAUUGUGCGCACACACUUGUACCUCAGACAGUAAUGCACAUUUGUGUUUGUAAAGUGAAGGCAGCGAAUUUGGGGUCAGCACUUUGUACUCACAAAAACAUAAACCACUGGGGAAAUGGGGGGCAAGAGAGUGACGUCAUCUUCCUUUCACUUCUCAUUAGUUGGAUUCGGUUUAUGAGAUGAGCGCUACAGGGCUAAUGUUUAGGACAUUUGUCCAUUCCUUCAUUCAUCAAAAUUUAGUGCUUAAGUCCAAACCUUUUGGUGUUCUUUUUGACUGCCCUUGGAAUCGCACAGCAGUGUUUGUAAUUACUUCAUUGCCCCUGAUUGACAUUUGCAGUGAUUUGCUUAUUUUUCAUGAAUUCCCUGCUUCACCCAUUGCUUGUGUUAAUUGUUCUCGUUUUGCCCUCAAGCAUUGCAGAGUGAGCUAUGGGGACAUGUUUUUGUAGACGGAAAGGAAAAAACAUAACUAAUUUUCCCUCCGAAGCCCUCACCAACUGCAUUUAUCAUCCAAACAAUAGUCUUGCCAACACACUAACCCCAUAAUGAACCCCUCUUCAGUGGAGUGAGGGGUAAUGACGCUUCACCUACAAUGCUCCCAAGAAAAAAGAUAAAAGGGGAAAAAAAUGGAGAGAAAAACGGUCCUCUGCCGAAUCAAACGGCGUGUUCAGGCCCGGUGCUUGGAUGAGAUGGUGAAGCAGCAGCUACUGGUGUCUUCCAGCCAUCAAUCUUAGCUGGUGGCGUUCCAGAGCCAGCAAGCCCUCUGCUCUGACGGAUGUUCAGAUAAUUGAGUUAUCCAUCUCGCCCAACUAUCAGAGUUGCAUAAAAAUUAUUCACCUGCUGGUGAAUAUUAAACACAUAAUGAGCCUCUUGUGUGUUUUAGGAGAAGUGGGUAAGGUUAAACACAGCAUGUAAUGAAAUAUGAACCCUUUUGUGGUGCCACCUUAACUGCCCCUCCUUGAUUAUGGUGUGCUUAAAUCAAUUAUGGUUGGCAAAGUUCCUUCUGUAACUCUCCAAGCAACAACUGAAGACCUGCCCUUGUGAUUCUCUGAUUAGUUUAUCUUAUCAAAUAAUUAAUUCAGAAUACAUUCAGAUCGUGACAAAUAUUUGCUGACUUCCUGAGCUCAUGUGUUUGUGGUUUUGUUAUUGCUUAUUUCAAGUUUUGACCAUGCUGCUGUAGUGGUCCCUGUGAGGUUUAGUUACUUAAUGUAUUGUUGUCAGUUUGCACAGUCCUCUUGUGUAUCCUGAAUGAAGGACAAAAGAGAAGUUUUGAUAUUUGAUGGAUGGAUAAAUAGAUGGAUCUAUGGAUCAAUGAUUGGUCCUUAUUGUCAGGAGAGUGUGUGUAUCACAGCUUGUGCAAAAAUAUGCUUAACAAAAACCAGUCAAAACAUUAAUGGAACAUCAAAGCACAGUCACGAGAACGAGAAACGAGAACAUUUGACUAAAAUGGCUACAGUUCCUCUUAAAUUGGUAAAAUGCUUGUCCUUUGCAUUUAUAUCAGUCUAGUUUUUGCUUGUUUCAUACUCUCUUCUCUGAGAGUCCACUCAUGUAUAGUUUUGUCUGAUUAUGAGGGAUCUUUGCAGCACUUACUUGGUCUCCAUGCCACAGUUGUGAACCAUGAAAUAAUCGGUAGAAUAAAAAUAAAAUCAGAAUAUACUCUUUAACACAAUAGAGCUUUUCGGCACCAAAACUACUUAAGACUGUGAUCUAACACAUUACAAGGGAAAAUGUGGAGUUAAAUGAAUGGAUUCAGAGCCUGUACUUCUGUUCGUUGUUUCCUAUUUUCCCUCCCCCAUUCCACCCAGUCCGGGCACAAUGGACAGCCUGUGUGGAAAUGAGCAUGGACGCCAGCGCGCCCCCACCCAAAGUAAAUCAGCUGUGAGAUUCGUAAACUGCAAAAUGUGUCAGAGUUGAAAAUGUUAGCUCUCUUAAUGGAGGCUUGAAAAGGUUAGAUCUGAUAAAAAGCUGUCAAACGUCCACAAAAAAUGAUUUAUAGCGAUAUAAUGGGACAGUAUGCCUCAUUUCUCCCCCAUAUGAAAUGGGGGUUAAGACUUUUGGGUUUGCCAUUAUACAUCAUCUGGUUUGACCACUUUGAAAUUUGUUGAGACUCUUGCAUUAUGUUUCAUUUGGCUCUUUUUGUUUUAGUAAUUUUGAAAGUCAUGGCCUGUUGUAAUGUGGAUAAUUUAUGUCCUCCCAUAAUCACCGGCAGAAAAUUCUCGUGCUCCAGAAGUGCAUAUCGAUGUCCAUUCAAAUCUGUUUUGCAUAAAUGAGAUUAGUGUUUGUCUUUUGUUGUAGCUUUCUGUUUUGGUGUACAUAAUAGAAGUAAAACUACAAUUAAUGAGGGAGUCACAACUCUGAAGACUCUCGGCGGACUGUUCUUACCACAUCCCUAAUCUGCUCGCUGACACAUUGGCUAAUGAAUAGACAAAAAUCUGAUUUAUGUGAUGUUUUAUAUUAGUUGACAUAGCUGCAAUUAAACAUCUUGAGGUCUUUGUGAACUUUUUCCAAUUAUAUCUGGAACUGUAUGCUGCAGCUUUUACAGCUCAAAUUGCCUGGCAAUUCUGUUAUAUUCUCAGAGCCGUCAAUCCAUUUGCGACAUGAAAUUAAUUUUUUGUUUCAAGAUAUUGUACAUUGCCAUCCUUUUUUUAAUGAACACGUCCAUCAUUUUUUGUUGAACUUUUCGAAGCUGCAGUGACAGGAAUGCUUAAUAUUUGGAGUGUAAUGACACAUUGUGUUUAAGACAACCCCUUUUGAGUCCAGCUGCUAAACCUUUAAACAACGUUUAAUGCCUGAGAUGUACAGAUAGUGUGCAGUGAAAUUACUGGUUAAAUAGGAAUAAAGGCAUUUUCUCAUAUUUAGAACUGCAUUUACUUAAAUAGUGUACCUAUACACAUUUGCUUCUAUCCAGUCAGGUUAUGUGAUCCAGUUUAAUGCAACAGUAGCAUAAAAGAACAUUAGCCUCGGCAGCAGAGCCAUCAGACAGCCAGAGCAGAUAGGGGAUGUCACCUGGGAGAGGGCGCCCACAGGUCGUGGCUGCUGCUGAUCCAAUGAGGCUGGACAUUACAGGGCCAUCCCUGAGGACAGGUACUGGCGCUUCAAGGGUGACGACGUGACACCUCCAAGACCUGUGCCCUGCCAUACUUUGCCCCCUCCUUCCUGUCAGAGAUGUGCAUGACAAAUAAAGGGAGAAAAUGGAAAAAAAAUCUCCUCUGCAACAGUGGCCUUUAAAAAAGAACUAGAGUCAUAGUGAACCCGUAUGCAAAUAGCCGCAAUACUGCAGCUAUUGGGAGUGUGUAUAGUUUCUUAAGCCUUUCUAUUAUGAUGUUGAUGAGGUGGCUUUCCAGGGUGUUAUGGUUGCAGAGUUUUUGUUUACUUAAUAUGCAUGGAAAAUUGUUGUUAGAGCUUAAUUUCCUCUGUUUUUGAGAGCACAAAAGUCAUUUUUCCUGCUAAAGCCCAAGCACCUCUGACAUUGCCUUCCUCCUAUUUAUAGUUAUGGAUACCCCAUGCAGUGCAGGAACGUGGCCCUUUUUAUUGUUUCCUUUGUUAUGACAUCCUCUUGUAGAAUAUUCCACAGCUAGAAAAAUAGCUAUCCACAAUGGUGGUUCCUUUAGGGCUUUGCAAGUGUUUGUUUUAGGGCACAUCAGCACACAGAAGUGCAAUGCUGGCCCCUAAAGCACAAGCAACUUGGAAUAUUAAUGGCAAAUGACAAGUCGGCUCUGAUGCUUCAAGGAUUUCAUGCUUUUAAGGAUGCACAUUUGGGUGCAUUGUUUAAGGCGUCUGGGGUGUAAUCCACACUCUCGGGUCUCCAGCAGCCCCGGGAUUUAGCUCUGCUUAAGCUUCCAUGUCUCCUAUUUAUUUUUGUAGGCUUGUAUGUGUGCAUUAUCCAAAUUUGUCAUUUACCAUUGAGUGUGAGAGCAGCUUUGACACGGCCGCUGUGUGUAUAAACGAGGAGCGGGACAGAAAGCGGCACCCCGGCGAUACAUUUCCCUCCUCCUGUCUUUCUGCUUGCCUGUGACACUGUGAGAUGGAGAAGAAAGCCUCGAGUAAAAUGAGGUGCAAGCAUGUCUACUCUGUGAAUUCCCGUUUUGCUAUGGAACUUUUUAAAAGAUAAACGUAUAUUUUUUGUCAGCUUUCACGAUGUAUGUCAUCAGACUUACAGAGACCCCCCCAUCCCCCCUCGUUUUCUUGAUGCCUCUUUCCACCUACAGUGACCUUCUGGGUUUCGUUCCAGGAAGAAGUCAGUAGCAUUUGUCAAAAGCACAGAGAGUAGUGGGCAAGGAUUAAAAUGGCUCUUUUUAAAACCCAAUCUAACAGGAGAAUUUUGAUGGCCGUCUGACCCCCAAAGGACACCACUUUGUGACAUAAAUCUCUCAGUGAUAUUUUCUUGACAGAGAGGUAGUCUAGACAGAUUUUGCACACAAUACAUGGUGCUUGCUUUGUUUCACACAAAGGCCCGUGUUCACACUUAUUGGCAGAUAUCUUCAUAGAGAGAUGGGAGAUAGGAAGAUAAUUAUAAGGAUGUCUCUUAUCAUACAAAAGUUGUGCUCUUGUGUUUUGUUGAAUCUAUCAUGAAGGCUAAAAGUAGUUUAUUACUCGAUUUUUAUAAACCUGUUCUCUGCACAUAUACACACUCAUUUAAACACGAAGCCACAAGACAAAUAUUUAAUGCUCUUAAGGACCUUUUGUUCAUGAGUGCUUUCAAGCGUUUUAUUUCAUGCACAGCAGCUUCAAAGUCAUCUUAAUCCUGCCCAACUAAAGGGCUUAAUUGUGUCUUAAUUCUCUAUAGAAAAGGAUGACAGAAGCCAGGAGUCAUUAGAUGAUUCCUCCAGUGUCCUCCAAGGGCCUAAGCAAAGCACUGGACCACGAGUCCUGUGGCCUGUCAAAGGAAAUGAAUGCAACCAAGAAAAGCGCCGCGAAAAAAUACCGGUACUAAAUCUUUACCGAUACUAAAUACCCCAUUGAAUGGAGACAAUGUGGCAUUUUGUUUGUUUAUCAAACAUUACGGUCCUGAUAGUUGGUUUUAAGGAAUGACGUUUUGCAAAGCGGAACAGGGAUUUCAUUCUACCAUGGUUCACAUGGAUAGAAGAGAAAUGCAUAUUUUAGUUCUGGACACACACCUUCAUGACAAGGCAAGUGUUUAGAGGAUUUUCUUGGUUUAUUUAUUUAUUUGGAUUGACUUGUCCUACUGUGACUAACAUGGUAGACAUUACGCAUAUUUUUUAGUAUGCUUCAGGAUUUAACUGAGCCUCUUUAAGAGCUGCUUGGGUUUAAGUCAGUGGUCUUUUGCAUGGUACAAAAUAACAAUUCAGUUUAGCCAAUCUGUUUCUGCUUUAAUUUAUAUGGUGGUCAACAUUGUCUUGUGUAUUUUGGUGUACAGAAAUGGGAAAAAGACAGAGAAUAAAUAGAAUAUUUUUUACCAAAUGACAGCCAAGGAAACAAUGCUUCAUAUUUCUGCCUUUGUGUUUAAAGAGCAGCCCUGUGUGUACCAGAUAAUGUGCUGGUACUCAUGGUCUGUGGAGGCCCAUCAGUCACUGUGUGGAGCUGGUGGCUGGUGAUAAGUGGUUCCUUAUAGAUAAUCUAGACAGUAGGCUUCUUUUUAUAGGCCCACUGUCCCUCACGUAACCUUGGUUGUUUUGUUUUUUUUCCUUUUUUUUUCCCACCACCCAUGGUUAUUUUCUUUCUUUUUAACUGAUUUCACCUUUUUGUUUAUCCUCUCUGACAUUAAAAUCUUUGUCAUGUGGUUCCCAACAAGUGCCGAAUGAAUUUCUGUGUAAAUGCGGAAAAAAUAUCGCUAGCAGAAAUGUAAAAGAUAGACGCAUGUUCAGCAUUUCCAAUACUGAGCACUGUCCUGCCUCCGUUUGACCUCUGUGUGUACUGACUUGCAGAAGAUUUUGGUGUUUUCUAACUAUAACAAAUCUUUGAUAUUAUGGACUGAGAGAGCAGGCCUCUCCUCUUCUCAGACAGUGCUGUAAAUAAGAUGAUAUUUGAGAGAAAACUUUUGAACAUACAAAAGAGAAACCUGCAUCACCAAUCAGCUUCUCUAUCCGUUCCUUAAUAUAUGACGUCAAAAGCAGCCUCGCUGUUCUGAAUUUCCACCCAUCACUCUACAUUUAGUUACACAUGGAUUUUAAAAUUUUUUUCCACUCACCAUCUGACCUCAUUCAUAUCCCAGAAGAACACUGAUAUAUGGUUUGAAUUGUUUGUUUCACCAUGUAAGACCUAUAUCUGAUGGUACCUGAUAGCAGUCAUUUUGAUUGAUGUACCAUAAAUAACCAAAUUUAAAUACUAGAUGAAGAGGCAUUUGUUUUUGUGAGCCUCGCUUUAUGUUUCGGUAUUAAUUCACUUUGUUGCAUUGUUGCCAGAAAUGCUGAAAGAGAUACAAGCACAUCUGAGUCUUCCCUCACUGGCCUGGCAUUUGUUAAAGAGCUUCAUCAGGACCCUCUUCCCCCAUCUUUGUUCCCAGGCAGCCCUCUCCCGUCUCUGGUUUGAGUUUCACGUCUUGCAGCGGUCUGAUUGCCUGAUAGCUUAAACAUCUCUGCCCGCCUGUCCCUCAGUGGGAGUGUGUAAUCAAAGACACAUGAGGAGCCUGUGUCCAAGUGCUGACCUUCUGAUUUUGCUCAUCAAUUCUGGGGGUUAAUGUACAAGAUCUAUCAGGUCAACGGAUUUGUCUCUCUGUCAGGUCUGUAAAUGAUUAGGAAAAAAUGCAUUUGGCCACUGAACCCUAUUAAAACUUCUUAGAAUAAAUGUGCACUCAAUAUGACUACCAAGA